UAGUUAUCCACGGCAGACGUCAAGCUCACGAAAUGAUAUCAAUUGGUGGUCAAUAUAGCAGAUCGUCAACUUCAAACCACGAGGUAGAAGUCGCAGGUUGACGUUAAAAUACGGCUUCUGCGCGAGAUAAAACCCCGCCUUGCCAAGUUCUUUGGUCGAACGAUUGAAAGCAGGCACUGCUUUUAGAAUACCUUAGAGUCAAUCUUGUCACGGAUUCGCACCACCCAAGGAGGGGUGUUUCGCUCAUUAGAAGCCCAACAUAAUCAUGCCGAUGGAGAAGUUGUAAACAGCUCUCGGCUGGAUUACUGCCUCGCUACCAAGAUCCUCGGUCUAAUAGGUCGAUUAGAGAAUGCGUACAAAAUUCCGGGCCACUGUAUACGGACUAUGAUCAUACAAUAUGCGACGCUUCUCGACCUCUGUUACCAUCACGGACCCCUUGGUCAAAUACCGGUCCCUCGUGGCUACCGGAGUUUACUCGCCUGAUCCUGCGCAGCACCGGUUAGCGAAACACCUCCAGGAUGUCUACCAACGACUCAAAGACUACACCCCAGCCCGCGAGUACCGUGAACGGUUGAAAGAAAUUACUGAUCUUGCGACGAAAGCCAAGUCUGCAGACCAGAAUUCGUUUCUAGCUGUCGACACGCAUCCAAUAUGGAGGAACCCUCUAUUCCGACGUUUGUUUACCGCACCCGAAGGCAAUCAUACCCUAGCACUCACCAGAGUUCUAACCAACCACGAGAACGCUCUGGAAAUCGACUCCCCCAAGGGCCUGUUCUUGUCUGGCGAGGUCGGCACAGGUAAAUCGAUGCUCAUUGAUCUACUAUCUGAUGGUCUCCCCACGCACAGGAAGAAAAGAUGGCAUUUCAACACAUUCAUGCUCUAUACCUUCUCACAACUCGAAAGAUUUAGGCGUGCCCAUCCAGAAAUGACAGCAGAGGACGGGGAGUAUUCACUGUUAUGGAUGGCGAAAAAUCUGGUCGAAGAAUCUCCCAUUCUCUUCCUCGACGAGUUUCAGCUUCCCGAUCGUGUCGCCAGCAAGAUAAUCAGUCACCUCUUUAUCGCUUUUUUCCAGUUAGGUGGCGUCCUUGUUGCUUCAUCGAAUCGCAUUCCCGAGGAGUUGCAGAAGGCCAUCGGCGUAGAGUAUACGCCCCCUGCAGCGGGAGGAUUUACAAAAAACCUCUUCUCAGGAAAAAAGACUCUGAAACGUGGCGAGCUCUUCGGGACUAGCAGCGACUUUUCUGCCUUCCUGGAAGUCCUUAAGGCUAGGUGUGACUUCUGGCACAUGGAAGAUGCUACCGACUGGAGACGGGUUGGAGGUAGCGUGACGCCUUCGUCACAUGAGACUUUCUCUCCUGGUAACAGCGACGAUUCUCACUCCGUUGCGGUAAACAUCAACACGACUGAGUUGGAAGGCGUCUCUCGGCAGAUCGAGGAAGACUCCAAGGUCCCGGAACAAACGAAAAGGCCCGCAAACUACUAUCUUCCAACGGACCAUGAAGCAACAUGGCGCCAGUUAUGGGACAUCGGCGCUUCAGGGGAAUGGAGCCCGGAAACAUUAAUCGUAUACGGGAGGAAAAUUGCCAUCCCCUAUCAGAGAAACGGCUGCGUUUACUGGGAUUUCGAGAAGCUCGUCGAAUCAUCUGGCCCAGCAGACUAUGUCACAAUGGCCUCCACGUACCAUACUUUUAUCGUCGACAACGUUCCUGUCCUGACGGCUCUGAAGAAGAACGAAGCCCGUCGCUUUAUUACAUUUCUCGACGCUCUUUACGAAGCGAAGUGUAAGCUCUUCGUCCGCGCUGCCCGCGAGCCUGACGGGCUUUUCUUUCCCGAGAUGCGGGCACGUCCCAAGAAGGCACAAGAUGGUUCUGCACCGGUACUUGACUCGGAUGUUCUCCACUCGGAGACUAUCGCCGAAGUGUACCAGGACAGCGCAGCGCCGUUCCGUCCCAAUAUUUCCCUUUAUGACACGGCCUCUGGAACGGGACGAUACGACCUGGACGAAGACUCGGAGUUUGGGCCAGAGAAUAUCCAUAGCACCUCAGCAUAUUCGGGGGCGAGGGGGGGGGAAGACAAAAAGCUCGAUUUCAGUGAUACGAGCGCCUUUACAGGUGAAGACGAGCGGUUUGCAUACAAACGCGCUGCCAGCCGGCUGUGGGAGAUGUGCGGGGCAAAGUGGCAUGCUCGGACGGGGAAGUGGUGGCAGCCUCUUCCGCCGGAGGCUCGACACUGGGAGCGGUCACCGGCUUUGACACCCCUUAAGGUAAUCCUUGAUGGAGUGGAGAAGUCGGGGAGCGAUAUGUUUCUGGGUCCCUCUGUCACACUUGAGGAGCCGGCUGGCCUUCAGAGGCUGCGGAUCAAGAGCAUUGAACAGCUCGAAAGGGAGAAAUGAACAUUAAACAUGCAUCCGUACAUAAGGUAACGUGAGCAAGCAGAACGACAGUAUUACAAUGCAACUGCUUUCGUCAACUUAACUACUUACCUUCGUGGUAGGUAAGGAAGGAAAGGCACUGUAUUUAAUUCUAGGCCAGUAUCACUAGGCACCAUAUAGGACGGACAUCUAUGAGGACGUUUUGGCAUCCAGUGUGUAAGGGAAGGGGCAA